AGCGUGUCGCUUAUUUACAGCGAAUAUCAGUCGAGUUAGAAACCCCACGUGUUCACAGCCCUGCGUCAACAUGGGGAAAAGAAGGAACAACAAGCAACUUUUCACGAGUCUGUCCAAAAAACAAAAGAAACAUUUAAAAGAAUUUGGAGAGGCGCAUCCAUUCGAUGAUGUAGUCAGUGAAAAGUCUGAAAGGACUCAAGUAGUGGAACUGGUACCCAGCCCAGAACACUCUGAUGCUGAGGCGGAGCCUCUGGUUGAGGAAGAGGACGAACCAGAGGAGAAAACAGCCUAUCAGAAACUUCUCACAACCCUUACCCGACCCAGUGGUGACGACCAUAGCGAAGAGGAGACCACUGAUGACGAAGGCGAAAAAGAGGAGGAGCUUGGUGAAGAAGAAACUGGCGUUGACCAAUUGGAUGGUAACGACGACGAUGAUGAUGAUGAUGAUGAUGAAGAAGAGAAGGACCCAGAAGUUUCAGAUGUAGUUCUAACUCAAGCAUCAGAAGGCGAGAAAGUGGAGCAGGAAGUAGGUGAAGAUUUCAUUGACAAGGAGCAUGAGUCCCAAUUCUGCCUAGAGGGCAACUUAAUUGGUGAAAGAGGACAAGAGGACAUUGGCGAUGCUGACCAGGACAACGACGUGUUUUUCCAACAUUUUGGCAAGGAGCUGAGUGAAGACGAUAUGCAAAAGAUUACAUUAGGCACUAAAACAAAGACUCAGAUAAAGUGGCCAAAAAUGGGAUCGCUUAUUUGCACCACUCCUUUGGAGACAUUUGGUGGUCUCAGCUCACACAAAGACCUGCCAGCUUUCCACAAACUCUUGGAAACCUGUUGUAGUAACAUCAAAACUCUCAACUCCAAGGAGGAAGCAGAGGAAACCAGUGCUCUUCAGUUGGAGCUUUUGGCUCUAAUGGGUACAUAUAAGGACCUCUACUACCCAGAAAACUGCCCUUUGAAGGUGGGCUCGCAGAUUCGAAGCGCUUACUGCCUCCACGCUCUCAACCACGUGCUGAAAGCCAACUCUUUGGUCCUCACUCACAACGCUCAGCUAAGAGAGCAGCAACAGGAGGCUAAGAAGGGAGCAGAGCUAGAACAUGAACUGAGAGAUCAAGGUCUUACUCGCCCCAAGGUUCUAAUACUGGUGCCAUUCCGAGGCGUGGUACUGCAAAUCAUCCAUAUUCUCAUCAGCUUGCUGGAGAGCAAAGGCAAGAAGGUUGUAGUCAGCAACAAGAAGAGGUUCAAAGAUGAGUAUGGACAUGACUCUGAUACCAAACCGAACAGACCGGACGACUACCACGCCAUUUUCCUUGGCAACGUGGACGAUCACUUCAGGAUAGGCAUCUCCAUCAUCAGGAACAGCAUGCGCCUCUAUGCCCCUUUUUACUCCUCAGACAUCAUCAUAGCCUCACCACUGGGCCUCCGCACAGUCCUGGGAGCUGAAGGAGAAUUUAACAGGGACUUUGACUUCCUGUCCUCCGUCGAGAUGCUAAUAGUAGACCAGGCUGAUGUUUUCCUCAUGCAGAACUGGGAACAUGUUUUGCAUGUGAUGAAGCACAUGAACCUGCAGCCACUGGAGUCUCAUGGAGUGGACUUUUCAAGGGUUCGAAUGUGGAACCUUAACAACUGGGCCCAACAUUAUCGACAAACGCUUGUAUUCAGUUCCAUCCAGGACCCACAGAUCAGCAACAUCCUCAGCAAACAGUGUGCCAACUACCGCGGACAGGUUUCUGUUAAGAACAUCCCCAAAACAGGUUCCAUCUGCCAGGUGCUGGUCCAGCUGCCCCACGUCUUCCAGAUGUUCUCCUCUGAUAGCUUCAUAAACCACGAUGCACGGUUUCAGUACUUUGUUGACAAAGUGCUGCCUCAGUACAGAGACUCGGUUAUGUCGCACACGCUGGUCUACAUCCCCUCUUACUUCGACUACGUUCGACUGCGCAACUACAUGAAGAAACAGGAGAUGAACUUUGCGAGCGUGUGCGAGUAUUCCAGUAAAUCGGAAGUGAAUCGAGCAAGGCACUUUUUCGUGAAUGGAGAUAAGCAGUUCAUGCUCUACACAGAACGCUUUCACUUCUACAAAAGAUACGUUAUCAAAGGAAUUCAAAACUUGGUAUUUUACGGGCUGCCCUCCUUCCCGCACUUCUACAGUGAGGUGUGUAACAUGUUGGCGGCGGGUGGUCAGGGAGAAGUAACCAGCUGGACGUGCACAGCCCUGUACUCCCGCUUCGAUGCCCACAAACUCUCCGCCAUCACUGGUGCGCAGCGAGCCGGACAGAUGUUGCAUUCCAACAAGAACGUUCACCUCUUUAUUACAGGAGAAGAUCAAGCCAGUUAAAUCUGGCGGAACCAUUGGACUGAAAGCAUCGUUUUUAAAAGAGGACUCAUUGGAUGAAUCAGGUUUGUGAUCAUGACAUUGUAUCCGUAGGUAAUAUGUGACUAUAAUUAUUUUACAUUUGUUUAUAUUGACACGAGGUGUUUUAGACUGCAAUAAUGUUUAAUUAAAAACCCUCAUGUCUAGCUUUUGUGCUAUUGUUUGCUUAGCUGUUUUGUAGCUGCAAGGUCCUAGUAGCCUAUAGCCUAACAUGUUUACUUUUUCUAAAUGACAUCACUAAAAUACAAAAAAAGACCAACCUUAUGUGCUUAUUGGAAGACAUUUAGAAGUUAACUGGCUAUAGAACACGCUGUAGGACUGCUUGCAUCAGAGCUAAUAUCAGAGAUUUCAGAUGCACGUCUAUAAUCCGAGAGUAAGACUACAAUAUUGGACUGAUAACAAUAUCAGAUAGGGACAACCCCAAUAUACAUAUAGGGACUAAUCUACUAAGAUCAAAAUACCAUGUGUUCUACAGUGUGUGCCGCUAUGAAAUUGUGUGUAUUAUUAGUGGGUGUGUUGCGUGUGAUCUACUGUACAACUGAUCACAGGUGCAGAAGUGGUUCAGCCUGCCCUAUUCAAAUUAGGUUUUUGCGUGUUCUACCUGCAUUACAUGCCCAUGAAAAUACUCAUUUCCAUCCACAUUCAUGCUAUCAUGCUAUUACCUGUGGGGUUUUGCAAUGUUAAACAAGCAAAUCUAUAAUUUGGAAAACCUUUUCUGCAAUAUAGAAACAUUAUCUAGACCAGUGGUUCUCAAAUGGGGGUACGCGUACCCCUGGGGGUACUUUAAGGUAUGCUAAGGGAUACGUGGGAUUUUUCAAAAAUAUUCUAAAAAAUAGCAACAAUUCAAAAAUCCUUUAUAAAUAUAUUUAUUGAAUAAUACUUCAACAAAAUAUAAAUGUCAGUUCAUAAAAUGUGAAAAGAAAUGCAACAAUGCAAUAUUCAGUGUUGACAGCUAGAUUUUUUGUGGACAUGUUCCAUAAAUAUUGAUGUUAAAGAUUUAUUUUUUUUGUGAAGAAAUGUUAAGAAUGAAGUUCAUGAAUCCAGAUGGAUCUCUAAUACAAUCCCCAAAGAGGGCACUUUAAGUUGAUGAUUACUUCUAUGUGUAGAAAUUUUUAUUUAUAAUUAAAUCACUUGUUUACUUUUCAACAAGUUUUUAGUUAUUUAAAAAAAAAAUUGUCCAAAUAGUUCAAGAAAGACCACUACAAAUGAGCAAUAUUUUGCACUGUUAUACGAUUUAAUAAAUUAGAAACUGAUGA